UCAGUUGCCCUCUCGUCUUUUUCGUCUAGCGCGUUUCGACGUGGUCCGGUGAAUAUGAUAGACUCGAUUUGCGAAAAUUUGAGACAUUAAAAACAGGAACCAAGAUAAUUGGAUCGGAACCUCCUCGUUCGUUGCACGAGCGUUAAAUUGCGCGGGCGAAUUAUUUUUUUGAAUGUGAUACAAAUGUCGAUCGUAUUAAUAAGACGCACCUUCCUAUAUUCUAUACCGUGAUUGGUUAGCAUCGCGAUAAAAUAUCUAAAAACACGUUCUUCGUAUAAUUAUGAUCACGUUGUGAUUACGUGUGAUAUAAAGAUGACCGGUCUUAUUUAUAUAUAAAAAGGAGAAGAAAUCGAAAAGAAAGAAUAUUCAACGAUUAAAUACUGCACUAUGAAGAACGAUUUUAAGUAUUUAUCAGGAUUUGGUAAUGAAUUUUCGAGUGAAGAUGAACGUUGUCCUGGUGCCUUACCCAUUGGUCAAAAUAAUCCUCAAAAAUGUCCUUAUGGUCUUUACGCAGAACAACUAUCCGGCACAUCAUUUACUACUCCUCGUUCUCGGAACAAACGUUCAUGGCUGUAUCGAAUUAAACCAUCGGUCAUUCAUAAACCUUUCGUACCAAUCAGUAAUUCUUGUCUUGAUUAUAAAUGGGAUAUUAUAAAUCCGACACCAAAUCAGUUACGAUGGAAACCAUUCGAUGUGCCGACUAGACAAGCUGCAGAAGUGGAUUUUAUCAAUGGUUUGCACACGAUAUGUGGAGCUGGUGAUUUUCGUACUCGUCAAGGCAUCGCGAUACAUAUGUAUCUUUGCAAUGCUUCCAUGAAAAAUAAGGCUUUAUAUAAUGCCGAUGGAGAUUUUCUCAUUGUACCUCAGCUUGGCGCAUUAGUGAUAACAACAGAAUUUGGCAAGAUCCAUUGUGAACCGAAUGAGAUUUGUGUGAUCCAGCAAGGUAUGCGAUUUAAUGUUACUGUCUUUGGACCAUCCCGAGGAUACAUUCUAGAGGUAUUUGACGAUCAUUUUCAGUUGCCAGAUUUGGGACCAAUAGGAGCAAAUGGCUUAGCGAAUCCACGAGAUUUUCAAACGCCAGUCGCAUGGUAUGAAGAUUGUGAAAUCGAUUAUGAAAUUAUAUCUAAAUACCAUGGUAAAUUAUUUGUCGCCCAACAAAAUCAUAGUCCAUUCGAUGUAGUAGCUUGGCAUGGAAAUUAUGUUCCAUUCAAAUAUGAUCUUAACAAAUUUAUGGUUGUUAAUUCGGUUUCCUUUGAUCACUGUGAUCCUUCAAUAUUCACUGUUCUAACAUGUCCCUCGGGAAAAGUUGGUACAGCAGCUGCCGAUUUUGUUAUAUUUCCACCUCGAUGGUCCGUACAAGAACAUACUUUUCGGCCUCCAUAUUAUCAUCGAAAUUGUAUGAGCGAAUUUAUGGGCCUGAUAAAAGGACAAUACGAAGCUAAAGAGGAAAGUUUCUAUUCAGGCGGAGCAUCGUUGCACUCAAUUAUGACACCACAUGGACCGGACACACAUUGUUUCGAAAAUGCUUCCAACAAUGAACUUAAACCUGAACACAUCGCCGAUGGAACUCAAGCUUUUAUGUUCGAAACGGCGUAUAGUUUAACAGUAACUGAAUGGGCUGCCAAUCUUUCCAAUAAACUAGAUAACGAUUAUUACAAAUGUUGGCAAUCCCUUAAAAAGCAUUUUGUUUUGAAUUCCAUAAAUACAUUAUAAUAUAUAAAUAUAUUUUUUUUAUAUCUUAUAGAUUUUUAAAUUUUAUACAUUUUCUUUCUUUUUAACUUCGCAUUUCUACAUUUCAUAUUUUAUUAUUUUUUAAAAAAGAUAAAAUAAUACAUUUAUAAUUAAUUUUAAUUCUCUUUGUUUCUUUUUUCUUAUAUUUGAUAAUAUAUGUAGUUAAUAUAUAAUCAUUAAUAAACAAAUCGUUUAUACAUACUACGUUCUGAUAUUCAUUAUUUAAUUUCUCUUUGUAUCUUUUUGUUUUUUCUAUUAAUUUAAUUUUUACAAUUAUUUUAUCAUAUAAAUUGACAUUUAUUGUGUUGAAAUAUGCGUAUUUGCACUUUUUUUCGAUAGAGUGCGCUUAAGGAUAAAUACGUAGCGAUACGUACGCGUUUAUACUUUUUUUGUGCAAGAGUUCGCAUGAAAAAAUUUAAUUUAUUACAAAUAAAUGUGAUGUUCUAUCGUCGAAAGAUUCAAAGAUCGAUUAACCGUUGAUGUUGGGUAUAACGUAAAUAUGUUAAUUUUGAUAAAAUUUUUCAAUAGUUGUGGUUAACUCGUAAUUCUAACCUUACAAUGUGGAAACUUAUCAAUUUUGCGAUGCUUCUUUGUUACUUCACUAGAAGUGUCGCAGCUUCGUAUUGUUAUCCAGAUUAUUGUCAAAAUGUG